CAAUACACUUUUCUCAAUCAGAUCAACAACAUUCCCUUUCCAUCAAAACCAGGAGCAGGAACAGGCACAACAUAAAAAAGAUCAUCGACGAUCAUAUCUGAACACACAAAAACGCUAUUCAAUUACGUAUACCUCUUUCUACAAACAUUUAAAGUUUAGACGACUCAGCUUUCAAUUCAUCAUCAACUUUUCGAACUCCCACUUUCACCUUUACAACGCCCAUCAAAAAGCAAUCUUGAACGGAUUCGUCAGAUAUACCAAUCACAUACAACAUGUCUUCCUCGCAUACAGCCCAUAGCUCAGGCUCAAACGUCGUUGGCGUUCAUUAUCGCGUUGGCAAAAAGAUCGGAGAAGGAUCAUUUGGUGUGAUUUUUGAAGGUACAAAUUUGCUCAACAGUCAAACGGUAGCCAUCAAAUUCGAACCUCGCAAGAGUGACGCACCUCAAUUGCGAGACGAAUACAGAACAUACAAAAUCCUAGCAGGAUGUCCAGGUGUACCACAAGUAUACUACUUUGGUCAAGAAGGACUGCAUAAUAUCCUCGUUAUCGAUCUAUUGGGACCAAGUUUGGAAGACCUGUUUGAUAUGUGUGGAAGGAAGUUUAGCAUCAAGACUGUCGUCAUGACAGCCAAACAAAUGAUCACACGAGUUCAAACGAUUCACGAAAAGAAUCUGAUCUAUAGAGAUAUCAAACCUGAUAAUUUUUUGAUCGGAAGACCAAUGACAAAAGCUGCAAACACCAUUCACGUUGUCGACUUUGGUAUGGCAAAACAAUAUCGUGAUCCAAAGACUAAACAACAUAUUCCUUAUCGUGAACGCAAGAGUUUGAGUGGAACUGCACGAUACAUGUCCAUCAACACUCACUUGGGUCGUGAACAAUCAAGACGUGAUGAUUUGGAGGCUUUGGGACAUGUGUUUAUGUACUUUUUGCGUGGUGGCCUACCAUGGCAAGGAUUAAAAGCUGCAACAAACAAGCAAAAGUACGAAAAGAUCGGGGAGAAGAAACAAAGCACACCAAUCAAAGAACUUUGCGAAGGAUUCCCAGAAGAAUUUGGAAUCUAUCUCAAUUACGUGCGCAAGCUUGGAUUUGAGGAAACACCUGACUAUGACUUUUUGCGUGAAUUGUUGAGCAAAGCACUACACGGUGAAGUGGACGACGGUGUUUAUGAUUGGAUGAUGUUAAACAACGGUAAAGGUUGGGAAGCAGGAACGCAUCGUGAUCGCGAUCGUCAUCGUGAUAUGCGCGCAUCACAAGUCCCACAAAAUGCACAACAAGCAACCGCCGGACGUAAUGAAUCCAAACAAGCACGUAAAUCUGGUGUACCACAACAAUCUGGAGGUGAUGGAACAGCGCAAAACGGACGUGCAGCUCAACUAAGGGCGGAACAUCAUCAAUUCAGUCAAAGUGCAUCAGGAUAUGGCGGUGUUGGACAGGCAUCAAAUGUUGCCGUUCAUGAUGCACCAGGAGUGAAUUCGACCCCAAAUGGUAACUCACGCGAACAAAGUCAUCACAACGCACUUUCGCCGAGCAAUGUCAACGUUAAUAGCUCUGGCGGUAUUGAAGGAGGAAGAAGAUUGGACGAUCGUGGACCGGUCGCUGGAGGCAUGGGUAACGGAGAAGGACAUCCGGCUGAAAGACUUUCGUUUGGACAGAAGCUUGUUCGAGUUUUGACAUGUCGUUGUGCUUGAUCAAGAUUUUGACGUUUAUGAUCAACGCAUAGCAAUUUACUCGAUAAAACUUGCUCUUCAAUUGUGUUCCUUUCUUUUUCUUCCUUUCUCUUUCUUUCCAUCAGUUAUCCCUCUCACCCAUCAUUCUUUCAUCAUCAAUGAAGUCAAUCUCUUCAUCUCGUAAAACUCAUGGUUUUCCUAACGUCAUUUUCCCUUUCUUUCUCUUGUGUUCGAGCAAUAAUAUACAUUAUCAUUAACCUAAGGC